UGGUCUUUGGAAGCAGUGUCCUCGCUCUUCGCUCAAAUUGGUGGCACCACUCCCUGUGCUUUAGGGUUCCGCCAUAGCUACCAUUCUCUUCUGUGCAUUGCGAACUAGCGCAUCGUCGCACCGCAAGGCGGCAGAGCGAGCGAGCGAGUGAGUGAGUCAGACGGAAGGUCUGGCUUCGAGCACGUUGUUGUAGGCCAUGGCAGACGAGGCGGGGCCGAACGACAAUGGGGAUUCGCCUAGGCUGCGUUCUGGGUCGCACAGCCGCGCAGACCAUGGUUUUGACGAUCAUCGCGAAAACGGCAGUAGAGCUCGGAGGCGUGAGCAUCAUUCUCGCGAAUCUGGCAGAGAUGGAGAAAUAAGUCGGGAUAAGGACAAAGAUCGUCGCCAUCGAGAUGACCGAGAUCGUGACAGAGACAGGAGGGACAGAGGAGAGAGAGGAGACCAAGGAGACCGAGACUGGUCAGAGCGUCAUCGUAGCCAUGAUCGAGACAGAAGAAGUCGCGACUAUGGUGAUCGAGAUAGGAGACACAGGCAUCGGUCUCGUUCUAACUCUCUUUCAAGAUCUCCUUCUCGUGACCGCAGAAGAAAAACAAGCGGAUUUGAUAUGGCUCCUCCAGGUGGCACAAUUGUCCCUGGUGCUGCAGUACCAGGUCAAAUUUCUGGAAUGCCUCCACAAAUGCCUGGAGUCUUUCCAUCAAUGUUCCCCUUUGGUGGUGCACAGUUUGGAGGUCUUCCUGGAAUGCCAGCACAAGCUAUGACGCAACAGCAGGCAACUAGGCAUGCUCGUCGAGUAUAUGUUGGCGGUCUUCCACCUAUGGCGAAUGAACAAACUAUUGCAACCUAUUUCAGUCAGGUGAUGGCUGCUGUUGGAGGAAAUACUGCUGGGCCAGGCGAUGCUGUUGUGAACGUGUAUAUCAAUCAAGAAAAAAAGUUUGCAUUUGUCGAGAUGCGCACUGUCGAAGAAGCUAGCAAUGCAAUGUCUCUGGAUGGCAUUAUUUUUGAGGGUGUCUCAGUUAGAGUGAGAAGGCCAAGUGAUUACAAUCCUUCCAUGGCUGCGACUCUAGGUCCAAGUCAACCUAGUCCACAUCUCAAUCUUGCCGCAGUUGGCCUAACUCCUGGGAGUGCUGCCGGGGGGGCUGAUGGACCUGAUCGCAUCUUUGUUGGAGGUUUGCCUUAUUAUCUGACAGAGCCUCAGAUCAAGGAGUUGCUUGAGUCCUUUGGACCUCUGCGAGGCUUUGAUCUUGUCAAAGACCGUGAUACAGGGAACUCCAAAGGUUAUGGAUUCUGUGUUUAUCAGGAUCCGUCUGUUACCACAGACGUUGCUAUUGCGGCACUUAAUGGUUUGAAAAUGGGCGAUAAGACUCUCAGCGUACGUCGAGCAUCUGCCAGUGGUCAGCCGAAGCCCGAUCAAGCAAAUGUGUUGAUACAUGCACAACAGCAAAUUGCUUUGCAGAAACACUUGCUUGUAGAUGCACUGCAAGCCAGUGGCGCGCAGGGUGUGGCUUUAGGUGGUAUGUCAAUGUUUCCCAUGAUGACUGGGAUGACAAAUGAUCUUCCAGCAGAGGUUCCUACCAAAGUCGUUGCUUUGACGGAAGUUGUAACACCCAAUCAGCUGGAAGAUGAUGAAGAAUACCAGGAAAUUCUGGAAGAUAUGAGGAUGGAGUGCGGAAAGUAUGGAAAUCUACUGAAUGUUGUCAUCCCAAGGCCUAGAGCUGGUGAAACUGUUCCUGGUCUCGGCAAGGUUUUUCUUGAUUAUUCUGAUACAACUGGAGCUACGAAAGCGAAGACAUCACUCCAUGGGCGAAGAUUCGAUGAGAACUUGGUAGUUGCCGUGUUCUACCCAGAAGACAAGUUUGCAGCAAAGGACUUUGGAGGUUAACAUGCUUUGUGUGGUGAUGUUCUCGCUACUAUUGAGGGCCUGCUGCAUUUCAAUUACAUUGCAUGUUGACUUUAAAACAGUGAGAGUCAAGGCUUUUUAUGCUCCGAGAUAGUUAUGUUAACUUCAGUGUUUUACACCUUCAACCAUUCAGACAUGCAUAAAUGGUGGUUUCCAAGGAAUUGAUCUCCACAGUGCUCGUUUUGACGCACUUUAUAUGCUUGGUGCUUUGGCUGACAGUGUCUCAUAGUAAAUCUUUCUUUAGCUUUACCAAGAGUUCUUAGCCUUCUUGUUCAAAUCUGAUUUCAAGGGUUGUGUUCUCGAUUGUUUCUUCUUUUUAUCAGGUGUUAGAACAACAAAAGAAACUGAGGGUCUCGUAGCCUCGUUUGUCACGGAUAUCAUGCUGUUCCCUAAAAUGCGUUUAAAUACAAAUUAUUUUCACGUCUUUA